AGAGGCGGCAGCGGCAGAGCCAUGGCCGCCGUCCCGCCCGACUCCUGGCAGCCUCCCACCGUCGCCAUGGAGACCACGAUGGGGCCCAUGGUGCUGGAGCUGUACUGGAAGCACGCCCCCCGCACCUGCAAGAACUUCGCCGAGCUCUGCCGCCGCGGCUACUACAACGGCACCAAGUUCCACAGGGUCAUCAAGGACUUCAUGGUGCAGGGAGGGGACCCCACUGGCACUGGCCGCGGCGGAGCCUCCAUCUACGGCAAACAGUUUGAGGAUGAGCUGCACCCCGAGCUCAAGUUCACUGGGGCAGGGAUCCUGGCGAUGGCCAACGCGGGGCCGGACACCAACGGCAGCCAGUUCUUCCUGACGCUGGCGCCGGCGCAGUGGCUGGACGGCAAGCACAGCAUCUUCGGCAGGGUGUGCCAGGGCCUGGGGGUCCUGGCCCGCCUGGCCAUGGUGGAGACCAACGCCCAGGACCGGCCCCUGGACGACGUCAAAGUCAUCAAAGCCUUCCCCACGGGAUGAG